AUGUCUGGAUCUAUGGUUGCUUCUGCUGCGCUCAAAGCGCGAGUCCGCCGUCCUGCGUUGCUGAAGAAGCUCGCAAAGCCGGAGGAUCUCAUUCAUCAUUUCCCCAAUGGCGCAUACAUUGGAUGGUCUGGAUUCACCGGUGUUGGUGCUCCCAAGAUUGUACCCAUGGCAUUGGCCGACCACAUUGAGAACAACAAGCUCCAAGGGCAGAUGAGAUACUCUCUCUUUGUCGGCGCUUCCUCCGGUGCAGAUGUUGAGAACAGAUGGGCCAGGCUCGAUAUGAUUGAGCGAAGAUCACCCCAUCAAGUCGGAAAGGAAAUUGCAAAGGGUAUCAACAAUGGCAGGAUUAAGUUCUUUGACAAGCAUCUUUCCAUGUUUCCCGUCGAUCUGAUUUACGGAUACUACACUAUGGACCGCCCCAAGAACCGUCUUGACGUAGCUGUCAUUGAGGCCAGUGCCAUCACCGAAGAGGGUGGUAUCAUCUGUGGUGCUUCCGUCGGAGCAUCUCCUGAAAUCAUCCAAAUGGCCGACAAGAUCAUUGUCGAAGUCAACACAUUGUUACCCUCAUUCGAAGGGCUCCACGAUAUCACCAUGACCGAUCUUCCCCCUAACAGGAAGCCGUACUUGAUUAUGGCCCCUGAGGACAGAAUUGGGACCCCUCAUAUUCCGGUUGACCCUGACAGGAUUGUGGCUAUUGUAGAGAGCAGACAGCCUGAUGUUACCAAUGACAAUGCGCCUGAGGAUGCUACUAGUCAGGCUGUUGCAGACAACUUGAUUGAGUUCCUCCAGCACGAAGUCAAGAUGGGCCGUCUUCCCCCUAGUCUCCUUCCUCUACAAUCCGGAAUCGGUAACAUCGCCAACGCCGUCAUUGGUGGUCUCGCCAAGGGCAAGGCCAGUUUCUCCAAUCUUACCGUCUGGACCGAAGUCCUCCAGGACUCCUUCCUCGACCUUUUCGAUUCUGGUCACCUUAACUUUGCCACUGCAACCUCCGUCCGUUUCUCUCCCGAUGGUUUCAAGAGGUUCUAUGACAACUGGGACAGGUACUACGACAAGCUUAUUCUCCGCCCCCAGACCGUUUCCAACCACCCCGAGAUCAUCAGACGUCUUGGUGUCAUCGGUAUGAACACCCCCGUCGAGGUUGACAUGUACGCACACGCCAACUCGACCAACGUCUCCGGCUCAAGGAUGUUGAAUGGUUUGGGUGGAUCUGCGGAUUUCUUGAGAAACGCAAAGAUCUCCAUUAUGCACACUCCUUCAACCAGACCCACCAAGACCGACCCCACUGGUGUUUCUUGCAUUGUGCCAAUGGUUUCCCAUGUAGACCAGACUGAGCACGACUUGGACGUCAUUGUCACUGAGCAGGGUCUUGCCGACGUUCGUGGUCUGUCACCCCGUGAGCGUGCCCGUGUCAUCAUCGAGAAGUGUGCCCACCCCGACUACAAGCCCCAGCUCAAGGAUUACUUCGAGACCGCCGAGCGCAUCUGUUUGAAGAAGGGAUGGGGCCACCAGCCGCACAUGUUGAACAGCGUCUUCAAGAUGCACACUGAGCUCGAGAAGACUGGCACCAUGAAGAUUGAUUCGUGGUAA